CUUCCGCGCGUGCAACUGCACCACACGACGUAAAAAUCUGACGAAAUCGGAGCGCGGUGUGUUGGCAGAAAACGCUGAAGGUGCAUUUUUGUGCAGCUAAGGUUCAUUGCAUUUCCACGCCAGCGAAGCGAACUGCCGAUUAUUGUUAUUUGUGCAGUUGCGGGUAACGCAUGGCCGGCGGUAUGAACAACAUAACCACUGACGAGAUGACGAGGCUGCCGGAGGCCAUCAAUUUUCCGGCGGAAGAGGAAAAAGUGCUCGCCUACUGGCAGACGGAAAAGGUGUUCGAAACAUGCCUGAAGCAAUCGAAGGGAAAACCGAGAUACACCUUUUAUGAUGGACCACCGUUUGCGACCGGUUUGCCACACUACGGACACAUCUUGGCCGGUACGGUGAAGGAUAUUGUGACGCGGUACGCGCACCAGCAGGGUUACCACGUGGAACGUCGCUUCGGGUGGGAUUGUCACGGGUUGCCGGUGGAGUACGAGAUCGACAAAACGCUGAACAUCCGCGGACCGGACGACGUGGCCAAGAUGGGCAUCAAGGCGUACAACAACGAGUGUCGCAAGAUCGUGAUGCGGUACGCGAACGAGUGGGAGCAGAUUGUGGGUCGGAUGGGCCGCUGGAUCGACUUCAAGAACGACUACAAAACGCUCUACCCGUGGUACAUGGAGUCCAUCUGGUGGGUGUUUAAGCAGCUGUACUCGAAGGGUUUCGUUUAUCAGGGCGUUAAGGUGAUGCCAUACUCGACCGCCUGUACGACCGCAUUGUCCAACUUUGAGUCGGGCCAGAACUACAAGGAAGUGACCGACCCGGCCGUGUUCGUAUCAUUCCCACUGGUGGGCGAUAAGGAUGGGGCGGCUUUGGUUGGCUGGACGACAACUCCGUGGACGUUGCCGUCGAAUCUGGCCUGCUGUGUACACCCGGAACUGGUGUACGUGCGUGUGCGUGAAACGAAAACGAGCAAAGUUUACAUCCUAAUGGAGUGCCGUGUUGAGGCGCUGCUGAAGGGACCGGAAAACUACGAAAUCCUUGAUCGUUUCCCGGGUGCCAAGUUGGCGGGGGCUCGCUAUGAGCCACUGUUUGAUUAUUUCCGUAAAUACGAUAGUGUGGCGUUCCGCGUGCUCACUGAUACGUACGUAACGGAGGAAUCCGGUACGGGAGUGGUCCACCAGGCACCGUACUUCGGUGAGGACGAUUACCGCGUCUGCCUGGCGAACGGUGUAAUCAAGCGCGAUCAGGAGAUCGUCUGUCCGGUUGAUGCGAGUGGAAAGUUUGUCGAUCCGGUCACGGACUUCUGCGGCCAGUACGUUAAGGACGCCGAUAAGGCCAUCAUUAAGCUGCUGAAGGAGCGCGGUCGGUUGGUGCUAGCCUCGCAAGUUAAGCACAACUAUCCGUUCUGCUGGCGAUCGGACACGCCGCUGAUCUACAAGGCCGUACCGUCGUGGUUUGUGCGCGUGGAACACAUGAACCAGCAGCUGUUGAACUGCAGCUCACAAACGUAUUGGGUGCCGGAGUAUGUGAAGGAAAAGCGCUUCGGUAAUUGGCUGCGGGAUGCGCGUGAUUGGGCGAUCAGUCGUAAUCGCUACUGGGGUACGCCGAUUCCGCUGUGGAUCUCACCGGACGGUAAGGAAAUCGUCUGCAUCGGUAGCAUCGAUGAGCUGGAGCGUUACUCGGGAGUUCGAGUAACCGAUCUCCAUCGGGAGAGCAUCGAUCACAUCGAAAUCCCGUCGGCCGUGCCAGGAAAUCCCCCGCUUCGCCGUGUCACCGAAGUGUUUGACUGCUGGUUCGAGUCCGGCUCGAUGCCUUUCGCCCAGAGUCACUAUCCGUUCGAGAAUCCUGCCGAGUUUAUGAACAAUUUCCCGGCCGACUUCAUUGCGGAGGGCAUUGAUCAAACGCGUGGCUGGUUCUACACACUGCUCGUUAUCUCGACGGCACUCUUCAACAAGGCUCCCUUCAAGAACCUCAACGUGACUGGGCUGGUGCUGGCCGCCGACGGGCAAAAGAUGUCCAAACGCAAGAAGAAUUACCCCGACCCGAUGGAGGUGGUUAAUAAGUACGGUGCGGAUGCGCUCCGCCUGUACCUGAUCAAUUCCCCGGUUGUGCGGGCGGAAAAUCUUCGCUUCAAGGAGGAAGGUGUGCGUGACAUCAUCAAGGACGUCUUUCUACCGUGGUUCAACGCGUUCCGGUUCCUGUUCCAAAACGUCGAUCGUUUUGCGAAGGAAGAAGGUAUCGUUUAUCGGUACGAUCCGGUGCGCCAUGCGGAAAGGCGUUCUACCAACGUGAUGGACGUGUGGAUCAUUUCGUUCAAGGAGUCGCUGCUGAAGUUCGUCACGGAGGAGAUGAAGGCGUAUCGGCUGUAUACGGUGGUGCCGAGGUUGACGAAAUUCAUCGACCAGCUUACCAACUGGUACGUGCGCAUGAACCGGAAGCGUAUCAAGGGCGAAUAUGGCGUGGAAGAUUGUUAUCAUGCACUUGACACGCUCUACGAUGUGUUGCUGGCUAUGGUCAAGAUGAUGGCGCCAUUCACGCCCUACUUGACUGAGUUUAUGUAUCAGCGUUUGCGAUUACUAUCAAAGGAACCGAUGGACGGAAGCGUCCACUACCAGAUGAUGCCAUCGUCCAAUGGGAAGUAUAUAAACAUUUCCAUUGAGAGGGCUGUCGCGCGUAUGCAGGCCGUCGUUGAGCUCGGUCGUGUGAUGCGCGAUCGACGUACCAUGCCGAUCAAGUACCCACUGACGGAGGUUAUCGUCGUGCACCAGAGUGAGGAGUACCUGGCCGACAUUCGCUCGCUAGAGGGCUUCAUUUUGGGUGAGCUUAACGUGCGCCGUAUUACGCUGAGCUCCGAGAGGCAACGGUAUGGGGUAAAGAUGCGUGCCGAAGCCGACCACAAGACGCUCGGCGUACGGCUAAAGAACGACUUCAAGCAAGUCCUGACGGCCAUCAAGCAGCUGUCGGAUGAAGAGAUUUCGCGCCAGCUCGCCCAAGGCCAUUUUACUAUCGCCGGCCAUCGGGUGGAGCUGGAGGAGAUACGUUUGAUCUAUCAGUUUAGCGGUGAGAAUGCAUCGUUCGAGGCGCAUAGCGAUAACGACGUGCUGGUGCUGCUCGAUAUGACCCCGAACGAAGAGCUGAUGCGUGAGGGAACGGCCCGUGAAAUCAUCAACCGCAUUCAGAAGCUGAAGAAGAAGGCCAAGCUCAUCCCGACUGAUCCGGUGCUGAUCUACUACACCGUCGCCGGUGGUGAUGGAGAGGUGCGCAGUGUGGCCGAAAGUCAUCAAUCGUACAUCGUGAGCACGGUGAAGUCACCGUUUGCCACCUACGGACCGGAAGCGGCCACCAAACCGGUGCUGAUCGAAGAAUCGCAAGAGCUUAAGGGAUCGACGCUGACGAUCACCAUCUGCUCACCACAGGAUCGCGAGGUUCCGGCUGCACCGUGGGUGAAUCUCCAUCUCGACGAGCGCCUAGUACCGCGCUACCAAGGGCAAGGUGUUUCGUCGCACAAGGCGUCUCUUCUGCUCGCCGGAAGCCGAACUGGGCAGGCGCUCACGUACGCCCAGCUUCGUCAGGAAGUGGAAUCCCUUUUCGGACUGAAGGAUGUACGAUUCAACGUGCUCGCCGGUGCCAACGGUAAGCUGCUGACCGACGGCGCAAAGCUCGACGUGGCUCAGCUCAACCGACAAACACUUUACGUGACGCAGGGUGAAAGCCUACCGGCGUCGGGCUGGACCCCGCCGAACAUGCCGUUUGCCGCGUUUCGGAACGUCAACGGUGCGGACGGUCGUAAAACUACCGUCUUCGAAGAGAAUCCGGUUGGAGUGAAACGGACGGUCCUGGCACAGUGAGCACCGCAAUACAUAUUCUACGACCUUGGAUAACGAUACGAUUUGUUUGCGACUAAUCAUAGGCUUAACGUAUUUGGAAUUUACGUUUUAUUCCCCCGCCGCAUGCGAAGCAAAAAAAUCAUGGAUUUAAUUUUGAACUAAUUUAAUAAAGCUGUACUUUCUUUCUCAAAGAGAA